AAGUUAAUUCGCGUUGGAUGAUCCAUUGCGGCACACUGCACUGUGACAUUUCGUUAACCGUAUUUCUGGCAAGUCUUGCUACUUUUUCUUGUUAUGGUGCAAAAAUAGCUGAGAACAUAUAAUUUGCCUGCUUGUGAUAGCGGGCGCAGUAUUCUACGGUAAUGUUAGGUUUUGCCGUGAAAGUGGGGAAACUGUCAAAACGAUCGUCGCAUUGUUAGAAGAUUGUUACCUUUUUCGUUUAGUGUUAUCGCUGCAUUUGUGUACACGUCAAGUGUCUGGAUGUAUAUCUUAUCUUCGCUGCUCAAAUAAUUGUUAUCGUAUGAUUCGAUGGAGGAUGUGUACGAUAAACAGAUAAGAAUUGUUACAUAUGUAAAUUACAAUUCUUUAAGCAUGUCCGCUGUGAGAAACUUUGGAAUCUGCCCAUAAAUCAUUCCUCAUUGUGUGCAUAAUGACGAGCAGUCAUAGUGCGCGUUUGGCUCCGAAUAUCAAAAUGAAGCUGCAAAGGAAGUAUGACGAAACCCGUGCCGAGGAAGCGCUAGCAUGGAUAAACGACGUACUCGGACCCGGCAGCGUCAACACAAGCGGCAAGGCCGAAGACUUCUACGAAGCGCUGAAGGACGGAGUGGUUUUGUGCAAUUUGGCUAAUGCGCUGCAACCAGGAAGUGUGAAGAAAGUCGAGACGAGCAAAAUGGCGUUCAAAUGCAUGGAAAACAUCAAUAACUUCACGCGUGCAGCCACGGCCAUGGGCGUCCCUACGCCAGAACUCUUUCAGAGCGUGGAUUUAUGGGAACGGCAAAACUUGAACGCUGUUGUUAUAUGCCUGGAAUCUCUUGGCAGAAAGGCUAGCAAAUUUGGAAAGCCAGGUAUUGGGCCGAAGGAAGCGGAUAAGAAUGUGCGCAACUUCACAGACGAGCAGCUCCGCGCAAGCGACGGCAUGAUCAGCUUACAAUAUGGAUCCAAUAAAGGCGCCAACCAGCACGGCAUCAACAUGGGCAACACCCGGCACAUGUGACCUUUCGGCGCACCUUUCUGUGUACUGCGGUUACGCUUAGCUUUUCAUCGAAAUCCCGACGUUUUCUACAUUUUGUGGAAUUUGAUGUACCAUUUUUUAUCUAAACGCAAGGCUUUCACGAGACUUGUUUCGAAUCGUUAAAUACGUACGUAUAUUAGAGCGACAACUUUCACCUGGUUGUUUAGAAUUUACAGACCAUUUAAUGGUUUCACACUAUUUUAAGUGUUAAAAAAUUACAAAUCGUAUUUCUAAAUUUAAGAAACCAACUGGAAAUAAAUAAAUUCCCGUGGUUAUGUAAAUCACGCGGCAG